AUGCGCAUGGCGAUGGGGAUCAUCACUACUCAGCGAUUCCUCGCCCCCCUGCAACCGAACAUGAUCAUCACUUCGCCGGUUCGAGAACUCUUGGUUCUUUCGGAACUUCAGUGCGGCAUGGCUUGCAAGCAGAAUUCCACGUGCUUCAGCUACUCUGUGACGCAGGCUUCAGGUACUUUUAUAUGCCGCUUCGGAUACAGAUUCGACGAACCGAGAACUGCUGAUGCAAACAGCAAAUUCUUCUACAGAGAUGUACCAAUACCCACAGGGUACCACAUUGUGCCGGGAACAAGGAGUUACGUGAAGAUCACCAUGACAAGCAUCAACGCGAUUGCGGCCGCGACCGCGUGCCAGAAUGAGAACGCUCAACUCGCUUCCUCCAACAAUGCAGCGGUGAACAGCUACGUAAGGCAGCUAAGGCAAAGUGUAUCACCUGGCUCAUAUAUAUGGGUCGGCGGGCAGAGCGUCACCAGCACCUACUAUUGGGUGUACCCAGAUGGAACCAAUGUCCAUUGA